CCUCCCCCCCCCACUUUGAUGCUGGCGUCUGUGUUGACGGGACCGGGGGAGCGGAUCCCACUGGGGUUGUAUUGAUAUUAAUUUAUACAUUUAUGGUUGAAUAAAGUCGUCGUAAGGUUCCAGCGGCAUCAACCUCGGCCGAGGGAUGAGGGCUGGUGGGCCGGCGGCCUGACGGAGGCCGCCUCUUUGUGGCUCACCAUUUGCAUCAACCUGAAACACUGAAAGAAUAGAUUCAGAUGACUCAUCUAAACUAGAAGACAUGCUUCUCUCCGUGUGGUCUACAACCAUUGAGGAAAUGGACCUGGACCUGGAGUUGGUGUUGGGCGAAGAUCAGCUGAGUCUGGAAGUCCAGGAGGAUGAUUUCACAGUCUGGAUAGCUUUCAAGGGGAACAUGAAGGAUGAUGAUUUUGUGAAUAAACUAGACAUGAUCAUUAAUAACAUGUCAUGCCUUCUGGGGAUGGACGCAGAGAAACUGAGGCCGGAGAAAGUGGAACCAUGGAACAGCGUUCGUGUAACGUUUAAUAUUCCCCGUGAAGCUGCAGAGCGAUUACGACUGAUGGCUCAGAAUAAUAACCAGCAGCUCCGUGAUUUGGGCAUUCUUUCUGUUCAAAUUGAAGGUGAAGGAGUCAUUAAUUUGGCUUUGGUGCAACAUAGAGGCCAAGAGAUCAGAGUAAACGGGCCAGUGAAUCAGAUCAGAAUGGAAUCAGGAUUUUCUUUGCAAGGGGGUCAAGGUUUGAUUAGAGUUAACAACCCAUCUGCUGCCAUGAUCCCUUCAAGUAGCAAUAUGGCAGCUUCCUUGGUUAGUAGUGGAGCAAGUUCAGAGCUACUGCAAAGCAGAGUACUUCAUCCUUCUGCUCGACCCACCUCGCAGCCUGAUAUGGAUUCUGUUUUGUCAACUCUAAACAUUCAAGCGUCAAGUCACCCCUCUGGAUCAUUGCCUUCACAGCCUAACAUUGUGCAAACAAUGUCAACCACCCGGCAGAUAGCCCCAGCCAAUCUUCAGUCUCAUCAACUGCAGGGAGGGCGUCCUCCAUUUAAUCCAGCUCAAAUUUCCAUAGCUGCCACGUGGAAUCAAGUCCCAGCUGCAGCAAUCCAAUCACCCUCGACACAGGGAGCCUUAGGAACAUUAGCUAAUCAGAUCUGGAAGAAGGCUCCUAUGCCUGGACAAAUGCAGCCCCAGCAACUUCAGGUCAGAUCGUCCCUGGCGACUGUACAGACCCCCACUCACCCUCCUCCUCCAUACCCUUUUGGUAGUCAACAAACAUCACAAAGCCAUCAAACCUUUUCUCAACCCUGCAGCUCACCACAGUUUGCAUCACCACCCCCUAAGAACCACCAAGGAGGGCCUUCUCGAGUUUCUACGCCCUUGCAACAGCCUCAUCUAACCAACAAGUCUCCAGUUUCAUCUCCUUCCUCUUUCCAACAAAGCUCUCCUUCAUCCUCUCCAACGGUGAACCAGCCGCAGCAGCAUAUAGGACAGAGGACACCUCAGAGCAGCUCCCUCCCUCAGACAUUUCAACCAGCUGUGUGCCAGAGUUCUCCAAGUCGAGGUCCUAUAGUUCAACAAGGAAGUUUACCUGCUGGCUUUAUGAUGCAAGCAAAUCAGGUGGCACAGAGUUCCCAUUCUGGUAUGGGGAGCAUGCCAAAGCGUCUUCCGCCAACCUUUCCUCCAGGUCAGCCUAAUCAGAACUUCACUCAAGCACAGAUAAACCAAGCAGUUGCAUCCGCCACCUCGAUGAACAGUGGAAUUCUACAGGCACAGCCCAACCAGAAUGUACAACAUACAGGUGGUCCAAAUAACGCUGCUUCCCAAAAUCCGAUGAAUGUACAGACUCACGGGCCACCUAACGUAAUGCAGGCAAAUCUUGUUGGACUCCAUGGUAACAUGAAUAAUCAACAAUCUAUCACUACUCCUCAAGUGAAUGUGGGCAAUGUGCAAGGGCAGCAGGGCCCUCAGUCACAAUUUAUUGGGAUGCAUCAACAGAUUGCACCUUCACAGAGUCAGAUGAUGAACGUUCAAUCCCAAGGUCUACAUCCGUCAAACCAGAUGAUUAUUUCUCGUCCCCAGCUCAUCCAAAAUCAAAUGAUGAUGGCAGCAUCCCAAAGCCAUAAUAUCAUUCCUUCUGGACAGAGGAUGACUCCACCCAAGCAGUUGCAUUCACAGCAGGGUCAGCAAAUAAUGACUACACAUGGGCAAUUAGUAGGACCUCAGGGUCAAGUCAUAUUACAGCAAAGUCAGAUGAUGGGACUGUCUGAGCAAAUUGUUGUCAGUCAGGUGCAGGGAAACAAACCAGGGUUCAAUAAUCAGAACCAGCAGAAUACAAUAGGGCCAGGUCAAAUGAUGAGGGGACCUGCCACAAACUCUCAAGGUAAUAUGGUUCAAUUUUCCACACCAAUGAUCCAGCAGAAUCCUCUGAAUGGGAAUUCUCAAGGGAUUGGAAUGCAGGGACAAGUACUUAGACCUUCAGUACCUCAUUUAACUCAGCAGCAUGGUGACCUUACAACAUCAGCCAGUGAUGUCAAUCUAACACAGAUGCUGCCUGAUGUGCAAAUGCAGCAAAACGUAGUUGCUUCUCACAUGCAGACAAUGCAGGCAGGUAGCUCUGCUGGGCCUCAUUUUUCAGGGCAUGGCAUGCCCUUCAGUGCUCCUUAUAGCACCACUGCAAGUGGGAGUCAGAUGUCAUUGGCCACUGCCUCUGGUUUUCCAAACAACAAAGAUGUCACCCUGACCAGUCCGUUGCUUGUCAACUUGCUGCAGAGUGAUAUCACAUCUGCACAGUUUGCAAUGACCAAUAAGCAAAACAACCAGAAUGCCAACAAACCCAAAAAGAAAAAACCAUCGCGAUCGCAGAAGAAAAAGAACAGUGGAGCUCAGCAGCCAGAAGAGCAAAUUCAGCAUGCGGUUUCAGAUGCCCGCCAGAUGCAGCCAGGUCUGGAUGAUGCUGAACAGCAGCAAAUGACAGGCGAGCAAGGGGUAGGACUUGACCCAGCAGCCAACAAAUUAUCUGAAUUUGCAAAUCGACCUGCAGGAUUUCAUAUGCAGGCAGUUGAUCAAAGAUCUCUGCAACAGACGACUAUUCAACCCAUGCAACAUGCACAGCAACAGCAACUACAACCCCAGCAGCAACAACAGAUGAUGAUGAUGUUGAUGAUGAAGCAGCAGCAGCAGCAACAGGACUCAUCAAAGUCAAUUAAAAUUCCAGUAACGCCAAGUACACAUCCAUCGAAGACAGCCUUAACUCCUGAUGCUUCAAGGAUGCCAAUGGCCCCAACUGGUAAUAUACCAGUCAUGGUAACCUUGCCUGGGCAGAGUGGAGUGCCACCAUCACCAGAUAAAUCAAGGAUACCUUUACUAGUUGGACAUCAAGCUGCCAGCACUCUAAGGAAAAUGUCUUUUCAGGAAAGUCUGCAAAACAUCCCAUCGUCAGUACCUGAGGAAGUGAAUCCAACUACACAUCAUACAGAUGGAAUUGGAGCUGAACUUUCUGUUGGAACGCAAGUUAACCAGGGGCAACAACCUGUUCCUCCUCCAAACCAAGUACUCAUUACUGGGGCUAAGCCAGGGCAUUCUCAAAUCCCAACACCACAAGGUGCAAGUUCACAGCAGCAGGGAACUAUUCCAGUGCAAGGCGCUCACAAUCUUCAUUUUCCUAAUGCUACGACAAACACUCCAACCUCAAGACCAAAAACGCCAAACCGAGCAAGCCCCAGGCCCUACUUUCCUCAUACACCCACCAAUCGACCACCCAGUACAGAGCCUUCUGAGAUAAGCUUAUCUCCUGAAAGGCUGAAUGCUUCAAUUGCAGGGCUCUUUCCUCCUCAGAUCAACAUCCUCUUGCCUCCUAGGCAGCCACCUCUAAAUAGAGGAUUUGAUCAACAAGGUCUAAACCCAACUACUCUGAAAGCAAUUGGGCAGGCCCCAACAAGCAUGCCUCCACUCACCAACAACCCAUCUGUUCCCGCCGCAUCACAAGUAAAUAAACUGGAUUCCGUUAUAGUUAGUUCAGGAAAGCAGGCAACUGGAAAACGGGCAAGCCCUAGUAUUAGCAGGAGAGCAAGCACUGGUUCCAGUAGAAAAACUGGUCAAAAUCCAGGUAGACAAGGUGGAAAAAGCUUGAAAUCAUCCUUGAUCCCUCAACAGAACGCAGCACUUUUACCAACCAUAGAUGUACAGAAGAAUAUUCUAGCAAACUCUGCACAAAUUUUAUCAAAUCCAGCUCCUGGAAUUUUAAGUGAUCCAAUCAAUACAGUUUCAGGUGUACAAAAUCCAACUAUUUCUGUCAGGAUAUUGGGUAACAAUCCUGAAGAAAACAAGGAAGGACCAACAUUGUCUGGAAAUGAUGGUGUGUUGAAACAAGUCUGCAUUAAUAAAGAACAGAUGACCUUUGAAUGCAAUCCUCAGAGCAUAAGCAAGUUGGAGAAGAAAAAUGGUCCUGAAGUUCAAAUAAGUAAGGGGAAUAAGCCACUGGAAGCUAGUAAACCUGGUGGGGGUUACGAUGAAAAAAGUAUGACCCUACCAACUUUAAGAGAAGUUCCAAUUUCACUUAAUCAGCUUCUGGACACUUCUUGUAGCACUGGUGUUACCAUUAAGACCACUACUAGUUCCAGUCAGAUGGAACAAUCUAUAUCUUCUGGAGAUAAAGCAAAAGCAGUAGCAUCAGAUGCUCUUAAUAUUAAGGAAAGCCAGAGUGCACCAAUCCCAUCACAAAUUGUUUGUGAAGGUAGCACGGCCACACUACGACCUGAUGCUGGUGAGCUAAAUACUAAUGUGACUCAGAGUGGCCCAGCAAUGGUGCCUACACCAAUGGUGUCUGCAUCCAUUUCUGUCUCUAAUCAGAUUACAGUGUUUGUAAGUUCUAGUCCCAUUAAAUCUACAACCAAUGUUACAACAGCUGCACAGACUCAAUCCCAACCUACCGUUGUUUCUUCUGUAGUCACAAUGCCAUCCCUAAAUAGUAAAGUGAUGGUAUCUGAGGUACAACCAGUGGUACAGUCUGGUUCGCAGCCAGCAUUUAUCUCCACACCUGUGUUUAUAAAUACAUCUGUAUUUCAGGUUGUUAAGGAACCUUUGCUACCACAGUCAACUGCUGUACCUAAAGUAACAAUGCCGUCAACUUCUACAUUGGCACCUCAGUCAGUUACUGUAAUCCAGAUACCACAAACUGCUCAAAGUUCAUCAUGCCCAGCAGCUUCACCCACCCCAUCAAUUAAUAGCUCUAUUAAUGCUACUACUUCACCAAUGAAUAGAACAGUGGUCCAGAGGUCAUCACCAGUUCAACCACCAUCCAGCUCUCCAGCUCCUCCAAACAUCUCAGCAUCUCCUCAUAGACCAGCUGUGGACUUCAGCCUCAUUGAGCCUCUUCAGAAUAAUGGCAUGGUUGACCAAAGUUCUUCAGCUUCAUCCCAUGCAACAGCAGUUGCAACGUCGCCUACAUCUGCUAGCCCAGGUAGCUCUUCUAGUAGUAGGCGAAGUCCAAUAUCAUCCAACAAAGGAAGAGGGAAGGUAGAUAAGAUUGGUCAGUUCCUUAUGACCAAGGCAUGUCAGAAGGCCUCCCCAGAUAAAAAAGAUGACCCAGCAGCAUCUGAAUUGGCUUCCCCAGGUGUUGAUGAUCAGGUGCAAAAAGCAGCACUUCCUGGUAGUCCUGAAGGAGGAGUUCCUCCUACAGAAACUAAUCAGACCAUUAUUCCUCCUCCAGCUAGUCAACCAGACAUAGGCACUUCUGUUAACGUCACACUUGGUACAACUAGCAGCACUGCUUCUACUGUCUCUGUUUCCUCACCUGCGAGUACAUUGAAUAGCACUGCUCAAAGCAAUUUUGCGUCAGCCAUCACCCCCCAGAACCCUGAGCCUGAAUCUGUAGUACCUGUUGGUGAUAGCAGUCUUGCAGUCUCACAAUCUGAGGGAAGUUGUUCGUCAGGAGAGAAAGUGGGAACAAAUAAAGAUCACCUACCAAAUACAGGUGAGCAGAUCACAGAGAAAAGAGAGGCUUUGGAACAUUCGGACACAGGACCACUGGCCACAACACCUCAAGUUGUUCCAGAACAAGUGUCACCCAGUACAGUGCAACAAGGGACCAUUGUGAAAAACGGAGAAGACUUAAAUGUUGGAAAUGAAACGGGUCAGAGUGAAGCAAAGAACAAUCUAGAAAAAUCAAAAAGCCCUAGUAGAAGAAAUAUAAAGACUGAAAAAGAGAGUGAGGAGUCUUCAUCCCUUCAGGAAUCUUCUGAAAAUGGACAGCGGAAAAGGCCUUCACGACCAGGCUCUUCAACAGGGGCAGCAAAAGAUACCAGUACAGGCACCAGCCCUACACAAACAAAACGAAGGAAAUCCAAAUGAAAUCUCUCCAUUGUAAACGUGUGAAGUGUAAAUGUUUGUGAAUUUAAAUAAUUUUUUCCAAGCUACUUUUCUAGCAUGAACUUGUGUAUAGAAGACUGUUUUAAUAUUUGUCCCACUGAAAUGUGACUUUAAAAAAAAAAAUCUUUAAAUCCUGAAACUGUUUAACAAGGUAAAAACCUGUCAUACAGCCAGUAAAAACUUCCCCGAAUGUAACUGUACUGGUAAUUUCUGUUGCAAAGCUAAAGUAAAUUGCCAGCUUUUGUCACUGUCAGACCUUGUUAGAAUGUAGUAUGUUGUUUUUAAUGUGGUAUUUACUGACUGUUGAAGUGAGUGUUUAAGUCUUAAGUACUGUAUGUGAAUAUUUGUACCAGGGUGCAAUAAAGCCCAUCUCCACUGGA